AUGUUGACAUCCUACCUCCAACAUGGCCUUCCCCCGGCGAGACAUCAAUCAUUGUCCUCGACCGUCGGCAUGCGGACAUCAACCAGCACUCGUCUCACCCGUCCCAGCGCCACCAAUAUUGCUCAAUCUCGCAGUCAUUGGGGAUGGCGACGUCCUGGCGACUAUAGCUCACACGUCGAUCCCUUGUUCCACCGUUUCCACCGUUCUCGCUCGCUGAAGACAAGAGCCAAGCAGAUUGAUAAAAUGAGACGUCGGAGUCGAUGGGAUUGGGAUGCAGCUCAGCAACCAUUCUUCAACGCAAAGCACAUUCGCUUCGCGAGUCACUUUGGCGGUCCCAAGUAUCAUCCACGCAAGCUUGAAGCCGAUAGAAAGAAUGACCGAGGCCUUGAUGGAGAAGACGGGUUCGAGCUGACCGAAGCCRAGAAGAAGUGGAAGGAAGACAUGGAACGCAUGCGGAAGCGUAUUGAGCAGGAUCCAUACGAGGCCGUCUUUGGGAAGCGUUUCCAACCAUUCUGGAGCCCGCUCCUCAGCCCGAUCCUGCGAUGGACCAGCGAAGAGCUGACCGCAAAAGCUGACGCUCCUGCAGAAAUAAAGCCCAAAGAUACCGCGGCCAAGAAGACACCGGAGCCUGUAAAGACCGAACAGCCAGCUAAGAAGGAGCGUGACGUGGAUGCUGACACUCCGAAUGGCCAGCUGACCACCUACUCAUAUUCUGCAUCCACGGCCUGGGAUUCCAAGUCCAACAAUACCCGCGGACAGGAGUGGGACUCCAAUUCUGGAGAGACCAAAACCUGGGUGUACGAUCCAAUCGCUAAUCGAAAAGUCCUCCGAGUUCAGAAACCCAUGCCAAUUAGCCCAGCCCAGGCCAUUCAGGCACUCCCAUCGAUCCCAGAGUCCAGAUUGAAGGAACUGACCCAGAAAGAAGUUCGUAAGCCUAUUGGAGUACCAACGACGACUGUGAACGAAACAGACAAGGCCUCUGUGUACUUUCCGUCUUUAUUGAACACAUCCGUGGCUGCAGGCCCAGCUAAGACUUCACCCAUCACCAAAGCUCCCGAAAGCGAUCUUGAACUUCUCACAGCGGAAGACGUUCGAGCCUCGAUGCGAGGUCGACAAGAUCGUGCCCACUACAGCACACGUGCGAGCCCACAGAAGCCAGCAGUCUUGCAGCCAGCAAUACAUCGCAUGCAGGCAAAGGAGAUUCCAGAGCCCGAGGAUUUCGAUGACUCCGCUGCACACGAGUCAACAGGUGAAGGGAUACAAUCGAGCCAUGWUCCGCGGGAUUGGGAUAAACAGGCCGAGUUGCUACAAGCCAACCGCGUUCUACGAACCCGCGGCGUCGCAAACGAUGAACCUACUAGGCUUCCUGCUGACAACGAUCCUUCAUACACGCCGGCGGGGUUCAAACCACCCACUGUAUACAUGCACGGCCGCAAGGUGGAAGAGAACGGUCGCGUAAUUGAUGAGCACGAGAGGACACCGGCUGACAAUGAUCCAACCCUCGAUCGAUUUGCUCGCUUCAAGCCGCCGACUGUCUUCAAAGAUGGACGCAAAGUGGAGGAGAAUGGCCACAAGCUUAAUGCACUUGCGCGUACUCCAUACGACAACGAUCCUACGAUGGACAAGAGUGAUGGUAAAUUCAAGCCGCCAACAGUGUACAUGGGAGGGCGAAAGGUCGAGGAAAACGGCCACAAGAUUAACGAACUUGCGCGUACUCCAUACGACAACGAUCCUACCAUGGACCGGGACGUGAAACUCAAGCCACCGACUGUUUAUGGGAGCUUGAAUAGCAGCAAGGCCAAGCACUCCGUCCCCGCCUACGAUCCCAACGCCGAUAAGCAGAGCAGAWACCAGCGAAAAGUGAUUGAAUUGAAGAGAGAGCUGGACCUGUCUUACGAACAAAGCACGAUCAAUUCAGAGAUGCACGUAGAGCGCAUUCGUGAGUUGGAGCGUGCACUACAACAGGCCUGCGCCAAGGACACAUCCAAGGACGCGCGCAAGGACGCAUCAAAGGUCACUGGUCCAGAGCACGUCCAGGCAGAGGGCGAUUUCGACAUUGCCAACGUGGCACGAUUUGCCAAGGACAAUUCCAAGUGGUACAAGCAGUCGACGCAUUCGCCCGUUGCAAGUCCACAGGGUCGAGAAAUCUCCGCAAGUUCCGCAAGUACUCCCUCGCGGGAUCCCGUUGUUGAGAAGUUGCUCGCCAAGUCUGCAAAGGAGCAUGGCAUCGCUUAUCGUGAAGCGACACACGAGGACACCAAGAACCUGCUGAGAGAGAUGGCAGAGAAAGACCGUCAGAUAAGCGAGUCACGCGCUGGAAGAAGUCCGGUUGUGGAUUCCCAUUCAGCCAGGAUUGAUAGGGAGAUGGCUAUCAACUACAAGAAUAAGCCAGAGGAUACCGCCAAGCUGCUUGCAGACCAGGCCGAACAAGACCGCCAGAUUCACGAGACUCGCCAAGGGAGGAAUCCCUUCCAGGAUCCACUUUCAGCAAAGGUGGACAAGGAGAUGGCCGAGAAGUUCGAGCACAAGCCUGUUGAUACUAAGAGGUUGCUCGCAGACUAUGCCGAACAGGAUCGUCAGAUUCAAGAAAGCCAUGCUGGUAGGAAUCCCUUCCCAGAUCCGCUCUCAGCAAAAGUCGACAAGGAGAUGGCUGAGAAGCACAAGUACAAGCCAGAGGAUACCAUCAAGCUGUUAGAAGCAGAUGCCCUGCGGGAGAAGGAGUGGACCAAGUAUGUUGAAGAGAAGAAGGUUGAUGCCGUUGAGAAGAAGAAGGAUGCAGUCAGUUGGAAUGUUCAGUGGGCAGAUCCACCCGUUUACAAAGUCCUCGCAUACGACUCUGGUAACGAUAUGUUCUCCACUGCGACCACCUCGUCCAACUUUACCACCCACGAGUCACCCAUCUCGAUCCAGGAUGCUCUGUCGCAGCUAUAUCAACCAGCCAGAUUCGUUCCUCACUUUGCRGAGUUACAGAAGGAGGGCUUUCAAGUCAUCUUUGGCACCAAAGACUUGUUACUCUUCAAAAAACGCGUCGAUCUCAAGCCUUCUCUCGUGGGUCAUGACCCGGUGAAGUCAAACGAUACGCAAGCGCAGCCAAUCACCUCUUUAGUGGAGCCAAUAUCGGAAACAUCGAACGAGGGCGCAAAGGCGAGAUAUACUCCACCAGGUACCCCGAGCUACGUCUCCCCUGGCUGUCCAAACAAGAAGUCAGGCACGGCUGUCAAUGGCCCGAGUACGAUUCAGUCUCGACGUGGCGACAUGUUUGAUUCGCGAAAAGACCACGACAACAAGCGAAGCGCACGUGUACAUCGCGAGGAGCGGGUAUUCUCCGGCCGCAAGAGUGGCGGAUAUCAACGCUCCGAGCUGACAGCGGAGGAGAUUGAGUUGUUGCGUAGACUCAAGGGUAACGGCAGCGGCUGGGUUAGCAGACUUAGGUGGGCGCUCGGAGUUGGUGUAGGUGCAAGCGCUGUAGCUUAUGGCGUUGGAGUCGCUGUUGAGAACAAGGAGCAUCGAGACCGGGAGCGCUGGGAGGAUGUUCUCGCAGGGCGAAAGAGUUCGUAG